AUGUCGCUUUCAGUCUGGCAAGUUCCUCCCAUGAUGGAUCGUCUAAUGGACGGUUACAGAACUACGGUGAAACGCAACGUACAUCCUUAUUGGAAAGGUGCUGAUCACUCUACUUUGCAUGUGGGUAAAGAGAUGCAGGUAGAUGUCUCAAAAUUUCGCCCAGAAGAGCUGAGCGUUCAUUUGGAUGGUAGAGAGCUAACUGUUGAAGGAAAGCAGGAACAUAAGAUUGAAAAUAACCUUAUCCACAGAUCGUUUAUCCGCAAAUGGACGCUUCCGGAGAGUGACUUAAAAUCUGUGCGCACACAACUCAACCACAAAGGCUAUCUCUGCAUUGAAGUGUCUAAGGAGGAUCCGAAAAGACCUGAUAGAAGGAACAUUCCAAUUGUGCCCUAUCCAAGAACUAGGGCAUAA